UACACAUUCACACGCGUUAUCGUCACUCCGUCACAGAGUUAAAUUUUUAUGGACAUUGUAACGAAAAUUUUUGAGCCUUUUGGUCGGAAUUUUUGUAAAAAAAAAAGAAUAUUUACAAAGAUUCCAAGAACAAAAAUGUAUGGGCAUUGUGUUGAUCUGAUAGGAUAUAAAUGAACAGUAAUAAUUAUCACAAGUGCUCAUUAUUCGGUGUAUCACAGAGUGUCCCUCCCUCUUAUUUCGCGCAUUAUCGAAUUCUAUAUAUAUUUCAACCGAAUCAAUCGAUCCGCGAUUCGUCUGUUGUCCCGCGACUAAUAUCACAAAGUCCCUAUAAUGUUUGACAUAUGUCAAGAAAAAAGAGGAAAAAAGAUCUGAUAACUCAUAACGGGGCGGGCGAGUGUUUUUAUUUUCGUUGAGAAAUUAAAAUCAUUCGCGUGUAGUUCCUGGAAUAUAAAAACAUACAUAUACGGGCGUGUGUACCGCUAAUAUAAUUAUAAUCGAGUGUGUGUAUCCGUUUAUGAGAGUUGGUUAAACGAAUUAUCGAGGUGUUCCCCAUAAAGUUUUCGUGACACCUCUGUAACUCUUCUUACAAUUAUUGUGUUGCAUAUCUUUUUUUGUUUUUUACUGUACGUUAUUAUUUUUUUUGAAUCCAGAAACAAUUGAAAAAAUAUUAUUUAUAUUGAAAUCAAUUAAAACAUGAUACUGUAGUGAUGCGCUUAAAAGGAAAGAACAACACUAAGUCUUUCCACAGCGUUUAUAGAGUGCUGUCCCGUAUAUGUCGUCAACUCGAUGGUUUCAUGGCUGAUGGCUCAGUGCCGCCACUGAAGAGUGGUCACGAUACUCAAACAAUGGGUUUUGCUACGCAACAGAUGCGCGAGGCAUCGGACGUUUCAAGCACAGUUUAUGCAGUCGGCCAUUAUGCACCAAAAGUUUUGAGAAACUUGAAUGCUCAACGGCUCAAGAAUCAGUUUAGCGAUGUUGGCAUUGUUGCUGGGGACAGUAUAAUUAGAGCGCAUAGAUCAGUUCUGGCAGCUAGUAGCGCUUAUUUUAAUGCCAUGUUCACUGGCGGUUUGGUAGAAGAGCAACAAGAACUCGUGGAAAUUCAUUCCGUCUCUCCCAAUAUUCUAUCCAUCCUUAUAGAUUUUAUUUAUACUGGCAAUGUCGACAUCACUCAAGAUAAUGUACAAGAAUUAUUUGCCGCCGCAGAUAUGCUGGAACUUGACGAAGUUGUCUCUGGCUGCAUAGAUUAUUUGCGUCAACAAUUACAUUACUCCAAUGCACUUGGAAUUUAUAGAUUUGCAGAAGCACACAACAGACUAGAUCUACUGGAGACUGCCCUACACUUUAUUGAAGUCAAUUUUCCUCAAGUUUCACAGGAGGAGGAGUUCCUUGAUCUGCCAAAGGAUUAUCUCAUUCAUUUUCUCAGUAGCGAGUACAUACACGUUGACACUGAAUUUCAGGUCUUCCAAGCAGCGUACAACUGGAUCGUCCACGACAUUCCAGCGCGUCGUUGCUACGUAUUCGAGAUUCUCGGUCACAUAAGACUGCGACUGUGCUCAUUGGCACGUCUCGACAGUGUGAUCCUUGAAUGCAAGGAUGCAAGUUUGAUCGUAGCGUUGCGAUCGAUACAAAAGGAUUUGGUUUCGAACAAAGGCUGUCUAGUGUCUCUGCGAGCUGAGCCCAGGCUCUGCGCGAAGAAAAAUAUUCUCGUUAUCGGUGGUUCCAAACGGGAACAUACGGCUGACAGUUGGGCAAGAGAUGCUGAGAGUAUUUACGAGACUAUUGAAAAAUACGACACGUUUACGGGAGAAUGGAGCGAAGUCGCACCAAUAGGAAUCGGCAGGAUUCUCCCAGGAGUCGCCGUUCUUGAUGGCAAAGUUUACGUGGUCGGUGGUGAGCUGGAGUCGUGUAUAAUAGCAAACGGGGAAUGUUACGAUCCCCGAGACAACGUUUGGACGUCAAUUGCGUGUAUGACAGAGCCCAGAUGCGAAUUUGGGCUUUGUGCGCUCGAUAACGCGCUUUACGCUUUUGGUGGAUGGGUGGGUGAGGACAUUGGCGGCUCAAUCGAGACUUAUGACCCUUUGACGAAUAAAUGGGAACUGCAUGGUCAACUGCCCGAGCCUCGAUUUAGCAUGGGCGUCGUGGCUUACGAGGGAUUGAUUUACGUAAUCGGCGGCUGCACCCACGACAGCAGGCAUCGACAAGACACGAUGACCUACAACCCCGUUACGCGCGAGUGGAACAGUCUCGCGCCCAUGCUCACACCUCGAUCUCAAAUGGGAAUAACUAUUUUGGACGGUUAUCUUUACGUAGUUGGUGGUACGAACAAGAAUCAAGAGUUUCGCACCACCGUCGAGAGAUAUUCUUUCGAAAAGAAUAAAUGGACGGCUGUAGCUCCGAUGAGCAUCGGGAGAUCUUAUCCAGCGGUGGCAGCGGCCGACGGUCGUUUGUACGUGAUCGGUGGCGAUCAAUCACAGGAUAUUAAUUUCUAUCGUACCCAAAUAACGAUAUCAACGGUGGAAUGUUACGACCCAAAUUCCAACAAGUGGGAAGAAUGCACAUCGUUGCCAACGAGUCGGGGCGAGGCUGUCGCAGUAAUCGCACCCUUCUGAUCACUAUAUUUCCAUGACUAUCGAACAACAUCGUCGUUCAUCACAGUCUCGAAAGAUCGCACCUUUUACACACUUUGUUUUUGAGGGAUAUUCGAAAACGCAAAAAGAUUGCACGAAAGGCACAGUGAGUAGAGUGAAAGAGGUUGUUUUCACUUUUCAAUACAACCAUGAUUUAUCAUCAUGAUUUCAUUAAAAUAAGCGCAGACUCCAGAGCGAGGGAGGCAACUGCUAUAAAUUUGUUUCUUCGUGUUAAAUCGCACACGACGCGAAUUGACGUAGUUGAAUCGCGCUUACAACGCGCUUUUAUCAUUAUUCGUAACGCUUUUUUUUAUUCCCCUUUUAAAAAUUCAUAGCAGAAAUGUUUUUUCGAGAUAACAUUUACAAUGACUAGGAAUUAACGAUACUCUUUGAGAUUUUUUUUUAUGCUCAUUUUUAUUUUACUCACUAUAACUCGUUUUACCAAAGUCGUCCAGGAACUGUUUAACGCUUAAGUCAUUAUUGAAUAAACCGUAUUCAAAUUAUUGAAACGAAAGCAUAGAAUUUAUAAUCGUUUUCGAUUAUUGUCGAACCGGAAAAAAAUCGCAAAUCGCGUACACAAUCUUCGCUAAUCUCGUUUUAAUUAAGCGACAAAUAUAUAUAUAUAUAAAUAUUAUAUAUAUAUAUAUAUACAUGAAGAAAUUUGUUACUCGAACAUAUUAUUACGAUGAAAUAGUUACGUUUAUUGAUAACAGUUAUAUUUUUCAUUCGCGUUGAACUGAAAGAUUUAAAGGGGCACGGGGAGAUAAAAGGAAAUAAUAUCGCUUAACGCGAACGGAGGAUUGAAAAAAAUUAAAAAAAAAAAAAAAACAAAGAUAUUUCGCCAUUUUGCCGAUAAUUCACGUAUAUUUGUGAGUGUGUGCUUGCGUGUAUGUGAUUUCCAAGGCCUUUGAAGAAGAAAAUUGAACAAAAAAGAUAUACAAAUCGAUUAUUAUCGUUGUAGCCUCAUUUGAUGUUCUCUUUCAAAUGCAGUCAUAUCGUCGAGUCGAGUGGAUACUUUGAAAUUGAAGAGAAAAAUAAAUUGGGAAAGAAACAAAGAAAAUGAGAAAAAAUAUGGAAUAAAAAAGAAAAGAAAACAGAAAAUCAGUAGGUUUAAGGAAUGGAGGAAAAUUGUAAGAUCGAUCGAGAAUGAAUAAUCGUAAUAUAUAUAUUGAAAUUAUCAACCGGAGACAACGUAAAAUCGUUAAAGCUCAAGGAAUUGCAAUUCUGCAUUAAUAAAGAUGCUUGAAUCAUGACGCUAAACGAAAUAAAUAUUUUUGCUGUUUUUACUGCGUUCGUUCAUACGGAUUUUUAUACACAAUUGAAAGAACGCUUGAAAAUAUUGUCGAGGCAAAAAUGAGAGUCGGAAAAAUUGAGGAAAAUACACACAAUAAGAUAAACAACGCUAUUCACGAAGGAUAUUAUUGAUAAAAAUGAAUAUUCUUCGCUCAACCGAUUUAUCGUUGUCUCCUUAACGAAUCCCCCGCCCAACAAAACUUCCUACAUAAUGUCGUGUCGCAAUUAAUCGAUCAAGCACUACAAUUAACUGAUUAUAUAUCUAUCGAUUAAAACUCAAAAGAACAAACAACAAACAAACAAACCAACAAAACAAAGAAAAAGAUAUGGACGUUUUACACAAUAUUAUAAAUAUAAAAUGCUAUUGAAUUCUGUCACGUAUACAAUUAUAAGUAAUAAAAAGAGAUCGAACGAGUGGAUAAGUAA